AGGCUGGAUGGUGGAAGCUCCGCUCAGGAGAACCCGGAUGGAUUUUUCCCAGAAUGCUCCAGUGUGGCGGUGGGUUUUCUCCAGGCCGAGCUGGAACUCAACGCCCGGCUCAGAACCCUCAGCUUCAGGGAUCCGGUGAAAUACGUGUACAACCCGCUGGAGUACGCCUGGGUCACGCACCAGCUCUACGCUCAGAAAUACUGCCAGGCCGGACUGCGCGUCCUGUUCCUGGGGAUGAACCCGGGCCCGUUCGGCAUGGCACAGACCGGGGUUCCGUUCGGCGAGGUGAAGAUGACCCGUGAUUGGCUGAAAAUCUCCGGAGAGGUGGGACGUCCACCCGUCGAGCAUCCCAAACGACCAAUCAAGGGCUUCCUCUGCACUCAGAGUGAAGUGAGCGGCGCUCGGUUCUGGAGCUUCUUUAAGCAGAUCUGCGGUGAACCCCAGAACUUCUUCCGUCACUGUUUCGUGCACAACUUGUGCCCGCUGAUGUUCAUGACCGAGACGGGCAGAAACGUGACGCCCGCUGAGAUGCUGGCCGAGCAUCGGGAAGCCGUGCUGAGCCACUGCGACGCCGCGCUCUGCCAGGUCGUUCGUGCCCUCGGGGUCUCCAUGGUGAUCGGAGUGGGCAGAGUGGCGGAGCAGCGAGCCCGGCGCGCCCUCUCCGAAGCCGGUUUGGAGGUGAGGGUGGAGGGGAUCAUGCACCCCUCACCCAGGAACCCGCUGGCUAAUAAGGGCUGGGCUGACCUGGCCAGAGCCAAACUGGAGCAGAUCGGGGUGCUGAGUCUGCUCACCGAGUGACUGGAACAUAUAUACAGCUGUAUAUAUAACGUAUAACGUACAGAAUGUGUAGACUGUUGCCUCACAGCUUCAGCUUCCGGGUUUCUUACCUCCUGCUAUUCUCUGUGAGGAGUCUGCCAUGUUUUCAUUUGUAUGCAGACGAGUCCUGUCAUACACUAACACUCCUUUCAAUGCUGUCAAGUGGGCGCCUCAUCAGGUGCCCAAAAUAACGUAACUUGGGGACUUAGCGGGGUUCAGUCGCUCCUUCUCUGUUCUGGCCGUCUCAUACACUCGCUCAGUGGUGAUCAUCUUCCUCUGUGAGAUUCUUCCAGCAGUUUUCAGGCCUCACAGCUGUACGUGUGAGACCAGUCGUAGCUUGGUGAUGGUGCUAACUGUGACUGACUUAUUUUCAAUAUAUUUAUUAAUGGACAUCUGUAACAUCUGGACUACAAACCUGCUCAUAAGCUCAGACAGACUAAACAAUAAAACGAGGCAUCGAGGGCAGCCGUAGCCUAGCGGUUAAGAUACUGGACUAGUAGUCGAAAGAUCACUGGUUUAAGGCCCACCGCUGCCAGGUUGCCACUGUUGGGCCCUUAAGCAAGGCCCUUAACCCUCAAUUGCUUAGACUGUAUACAGUCACAGUACUGUACGUCACUCUGUCAUAAACACAUGCAGCCGCGCUCUCAGUCCUGCAGAGCUGCUGGAGGUUUUAAUAGAAAGUUGUUAAUGUUCAGGAUUCAGAUCUGAUUACACGCACAGCGUUUCUGUUUCUGUUUCUGUUUCUGUUUGUGUAUUUUAAUGUUUUUUAGUCCUGGAAUGGUUUUUAUUUUGGUUUUAUUUGUGUAACGUCUGGACUUGU